GUGGUCGGCAUCAGCAUGGGCCUGCUGAUCCUGCGCAGCUACGAGGAGAGUCUGCAGAAACAGUGCUCCUGAAACAUGGAAAAAAUGUCAAGGGUCACCACAGCUCUUGGCAGCAAUGCGAUCAGUGGCAAAACCAUGUUCUGCCACUUGGACGCGCCGGCUAACGCCAUCAGCGUGUGCCGUGAUGCCACGCAGGUGGUUGUAGCAGGACGGAACAUUUUUAAGAUCUACGCACUCGAGGAGGAGCAGUUCGUGGAAAAACUGAAUCUCCGCGUCGGCCGCAAACCGUCGCUGAACUUCAGCUGCGCCGAUGUCAUGUGGCAUCAGAUGGAGGAGAACCUGCUGGCCACGGCGGCCACCAACGGGGCGGUGGUGACGUGGAAUCUGGGAAAACCCUCUCGCAACAAGCAGGACCAGCUGUUUACUGAGCACAAGCGCACCGUCAACAAAGUGUGCUUCCACCCAACAGAGGUUUACAUGCUGCUAAGUGGUUCACAGGACGGCUUCAUGAAGUGCUUCGACCUGCGCAAGAAGGAGUCUGUGAGCACUUUCUCAGGUCAGUCAGAGAGUGUAAGGGACGUCCAGUUCAGCAUGAAGGAUUAUUUCACAUUCGCCGCAUCCUUUGAAAAUGGCAACGUGCAGCUGUGGGACAUUAGACGACCGGACCGCUAUGAGAGAAUGUUCACUGCUCACACCGGUCCGGUGUUUUGCUGUGACUGGCAUCCUGAUGACAGGGGUUGGCUGGCAACGGGGGGCAGGGACAAGAUGGUGAAGGUUUGGGACAUGACCACUAACAGAGCCAAGGAGAUCUACUGCGUCCAGACGAUUGCUUCAGUGGCACGAGUUAAAUGGCGACCUGAGAGAAAGUUUCAUUUGGCCACCUGUUCCAUGAUGGUGGACCAUAACAUCUAUGUGUGGGAUAUCCGCAGACCUUUUAUUCCCUUUGCUACCUUUGAGGAACACAAGGAUGUGACUACUGGAAUUGUGUGGCGACACCAGCAUGACCCUCAUUUUCUGCUCUCUGGCUCUAAAGACAGUACGCUCUACCAGCAUAUGUUCAAGGAUGCCACACGUCCUGUGGACAAGGCUAACCCAGAGGGCCUGUGCUUUGGACUGCUGGGUGACUUGGCUUUUGCAGCCAAGGAGAGUCUAAUCACCAGUGAUGCCAACAGAAAGCCGUACCCCGGAGGCGACCGCCGCUACCCCAUGUUUUUCUUCAAGAAACCCGACCCGACAGAACAGUUUGCACAUGUGUCCAGUGCUCUCAGCGUCUUUGAGACGGACUUGGACAGUCACCGCAUGGACUGGUUUGUCAAGACGGCACAACUCUACCUCCUGAGCGGGAAGCCGUUUGCUGAGUUAUGUGAUCACAACGCCAAGGUGGCCCAGGAGCUUAAAAGACCUCAGGUUUCCACUACAUGGACAAUGCUGAGAAUAAUGUUCUCGGACCCUGCAAACCUCGCUACACCCGGUCCCAACCACAACCUCGGUAAACUCGGCACCUUGCCUUUAAUGAACAGUUUCAGUUUGAAGGACCUGGGUUCAGGGAUGGGUGCGGAGAGCAGACUGGAGCGCAGCAAAGGUGAGAGCAGGCAGGACAACAUCCACCUGGAGCCUGGGAACUCAUACAUCAGCAAUAAUGAAGAAAACGAGGAGACUGAAGGCAGCGAGGGCCAUCCUGAGUAUAUGUUCGGCGAUGCCGAGUUGGAUGACGAUGACCUCUAUUCCAUGGAGCACGACAACCAAACAGAGGAGCAGGAGUACACGCUGCCCCAGGAGGCCUUCCAGCUGCGCCACGAGAUCGUGGAUAACCCGUCCGCUCCGGAGCACCUUCAGCAGGACAAGGCCGACUCUCCGCACGUCAGCGGCAACGAGGCCGAAGUCACCUGUUUGACACCCAUCGAAUCUUUUUCUCUCAUCUCCAUCUCCCAGCCGCUGUUCAGUCCACAUCUGCCCGCCAGUUUCUUCUGCCCCAUUGUGCGGGAGAUGCUGAGUUACUACGCUGAGCAGGGCGAUGUGCAGAUGGCCGUGUCGGUGCUUAUUGUUCUGGGGGAUCGGAUUCGCAAAGAGAUCGAUGACCUCACCCAGGAGCACUGGUACAUGUCCUACAUAGACCUGCUGCAGCGAUUCGAGUUGUGGAACGUGUCCAAUGAGGUCAUCAAACUGAGCACAUGCAGCGCCAUCACUUGCCUGAACCAGACAUCAACUACACUGCACAUCAACUGCAGCAACUGCAAGCGACCAAUGAGCAACAAGGGCUGGAUUUGUGACAGGUGCCACCAGUGUGCCAGUGUAUGCGCCGUGUGUCACCAUGUGGUGAAGGGACUGUUCGUGUGGUGUCAGGGCUGCAGCCACGGUGGACAUCUGGAGCACAUGAUGAACUGGCUCAAAAGCAGCGCUCACUGCCCUGCCGGCUGCGGUCACCUGUGCGAGUACACCUGAGCUGCUCACAACUACUGUUAACACAGCUGGUCCUCUGUGGGAGUGUGGGAAAACACACACAAACAGCCAGACAAGGUGUCUUUAUCCUUUUACGUGGACCUGGAGUGUUUGCUCACCAGGAAAAAGGAGGACAGCUUUGAAGUGAGCUUAGACCAGAAAGAAUCAGAGGUUUACAUGUGUCUCCUGGACGGCUACACAAGAACAAAUACAAUCACGUGUUCGCAAAUGAUGUUUGAUUCUGUUUGUAUGAGCAGAAGUUUAUAUACAUGUAUGCUGCUUUUUACAGUUUUUAACUCCAAAUACUGUACAGGAAGAAUUGUUUGCUCUUCUUCCUCUUUGUACAUAAUGUUUAUUUUGAAGUACUGUAGAUAUUGGUGCAUUAAUUUAUACUGGAGAGGAAACCUCUCUGUUCUAGCAGUAUGUUAAAGCAAUAAAUACUAAAUUGACACUUUGA